AUGCUUGGUUUUGGCCGACCGGCAAUGGCUAGCUUCCUCGAUUUUCUGAAUUCGAAUAAACACAAAACGUUUCGACCGAAGAAGAAAUUCACCCCGGGAACGAUGCGCCACAAUCUGCACAAACAAGCUAUCGCCACUCUGCAUUCUGGAGUCGAUCUUCGGGCCGCCGUUAGAAUGCCAGCCAACGAAAAUUUGGACGAUUGGAUUGCUGUUCACACGGUCGACUUUUUCAAUCGUAUCAAUUUGAUGUAUGGAACAAUCGCGGACGCUUGUACGACCUCGUCUUGUCCAACAAUGUCUGGAGGAAUGAAAUACGAAUAUUUGUGGCAAGAUGGUCAGGGAUACAAAAAGCCUACUCGCCUCCCGGCUCCGCAAUAUAUGAGUCUGCUGAUGGAUUGGAUUGAGACGAGGAUAAAUGAUGAGCACAUUUUCCCUUCAUCCAUGGAUGUGCCAUUUCCACAAGAUUUCCGGCAAAUAUGCAAGAAGAUUUUGACUCGCCUCUUCAGGGUCUUUGUUCAUGUUUAUAUUCACCACUUCGAUCGGGUCAGCGAAAUCGGCGCCGAGGCCCAUGCGAAUACACUCUACAAGCAUUUUUACUUUUUUGUCACGGAAUACAAUUUGGUGUCGAACAAAGAACUUGAUGCUUUGCGGGAUAUGACUGAGAAAUUGAUUCAAGGUGGAGGUCGAAAUCGUUUUCGU